CAUGGUUGUCGAUUGGUUUGUGUUUAAGCUUGCCUGAUAAUUAGCAGAUCCUUGGUUUAGAUGAUGUUGGGCCCUCGUUAGCCCAAACCUUGGUCCAGAAUGCAUGUCUGAAUUUGACUUCUCGCAGAAAUACAGAAAACGAGUAGAAGGAAAUUGGGGCGACUUCAGCAACGACUCUUUCACCGAACUUUCGAUUCCACUGCACCCUCCCAUUUCCUAUAUAUCCGGACUUCAUUAUAUUUACAAGAAUUUAAUUUUUUCUCGGACAUUUAAUUCCUGAAUCUCGCAGGAAAUCUCGGAAACAAAGAAAGUCAAUUUCUUUCUGACAAAAAAAAGAAAAAUAAAAUCCUCUCUUCCUCUGCAUAUUUUGUUGAUUAAUUAAUCUUUUUAUCUGACAAUUUAAUCUCUUUUGGUGCUUGGAUUUAGUAUCCAAAUGGGAACACCACAAUUCCCAGAUCUUGGUAAACAUUGUACAAAAGAAGAUUGCAGGCAGAUCGAUUUCUUGCCUUUUACUUGCGAUCGUUGCCGCCAGGUGUUCUGUUUGGAGCAUCGAAGCUAUGCUAAACACGAUUGCCCAAAAGCUGAUAGCAAGGAUGUCACUGUUGUCAUUUGUCCAUUAUGCGCUAAAGGAGUCCGCCUAAAUCCUGAUGAAGACCCAAACCUUUCUUGGGAAUCUCAUGUUAAUACUGAAUGUGACCCAUCAAAUUAUGAAAAAGUAACAAAGAAGAGAAAAUGCCCUGUCCGAGGCUGUAGGGAGGUUCUUAGAUUCUCAAAUACAAUCAAGUGCAGGGAUUGCACCAUUGACCAUUGCUUGAAGCACCGAUUUGGACCUGACCAUGAUUGUCCUGGGCCGAAGAAACCUGAGUUGGGUUUUCAAUUUCUGAGUCUUUUAAAUAGGAGUAAGAAGGAAGAUUCAAAGCUUAACCAAACUCCAGCUGCAUCUUCAACUAAGUGGAGUGCAGCCUUUAGAAAUGCAGCUUCAUCUGUUCGAGCCUCAGCAGAAGCAGGCAUGACAAAAUUAAGUAGUGAGAUCAGCCAAGCUUGGCAGACUGCAACAAAUGGAGCUGGCCCAAGUAGCAGUAACAGGCUAGAGGAAGAGUGUCCACAAUGUCAUGCCAGGUUUUCCUCAGUUACAACUCUAGUGGAGCAUGUGCAGAAGCUGCACGAAAGGAAUGGGAACCGGUCUCGUGUAAUGAACUUGCCAGUAGAUGUAUGCCCCAAGUGCAGUAAAGGUUUUCGUGAUCCUGUUGCACUUGUGGAGCAUGUUGAGAGAGAUCAUGGAGGUACUUCAAAAGCUUAGAAAGUUUUGACAAUCAUAAUGACAGUUCACUUCCAGAUCAGUUAUUAUUGUAUGUCAUGAACUCAAUUGUGGCUUGCUUUAAUUUAUUUGAGGCUGCAGAAGGGAAAAUAUUUUUUGAUCAUUAAAUCAAUAUUUAGGGUUUUCAAACUGAAAUUUCCAAUUCAGAAUGUUCAUGUCAAUAGUGUAAAUUGAUUACUGUCAAAGGAAACUUUCAUUUUCUUAGGAUCUGUUUUCUCCACCUGAUUAUUGUAGGCAAUUAAAUGAUGUCUGGAUUAUUGUAAUAUUUGGACUUGGAAGUUGGAUGCAUUAUGAUAUAUCAAAUUUUCUCUGCUGGUACUAGCUCCAAUUUCCAAGUCUUGAUCUGGUAAAGAACCUGAAAAGGCAAGAUGGAGAUUUGGGUUCAGGAAGGUAUGCAUGUAAUAGGUUCUUGCCCUGGAGGCCAAAUAAUUGUGAGAGGGUAGCAUUUGUCUAGGAUCAGGAGUGGCAAGAUCUGUAGCAUAUUGGAUGUUCCUCCAUACUCGAAAGCAUCUGUUUAUUGAAUCUGCAUUCUGCUAAGAAGCACCUAGAGUGGAUAGAACUUGUGUCGGUCCAAUUUAAUCAAUCUUUUCAUGUAAUCUUGCGGUGGAAAUAUAAUAUAAGUUUAAUUGCUAAAUAAAUAUUGUAUUUUGUAAUUGUUAUCAAAUCUAGUACGUAGUUUUUAAAUUUUUCA